AUGUCGCACAUACUGGAUCUUCCGGUCGAAGUCCUCCAACUCGUGGCGAACCAUAGCGUUGAUCUCACGAUCUUGCGGCUGGUUUGUAGGCAUUUCAAUGCCGCUUUCCUCGAUGCCUUUGGCAAGAGAUACCUCAGGAAUCUACAAUGCUUCGUUCUAGACGCUUGUCGCAUCAAGAGACUCAAGUCUAUUACGUCUCAACCGCAUCUCGUGAGAUACAUCCAGGACGUCACCAUUACAUUCUCUGCACUUGAGGGGACGAGUCCUGUGCAUAUUCCUAUGGCUUUCAAGAAGAACGAUGACGUGACCAAAUGGUACGCUCUUCAUCUGGAAUAUCGGCAACGAGCGGCAAAGUCAUUCAGCAAUCGAGUCCCUGACCUCACCGCUUUCGUGUCAACCCUCAAGGACCUGCGAGCUGCUGGCCGGCCGCGUCUGCAUCUCGACUUCACAGAUUACACAACCACGAAGUCUCCGACAACGAUCUGCCUGACACCAAACCAUGUGGCUUCGAUAUUUGAGAAGAUCAUUGCUUCUGGUUGCACGAUUUCAGUGCUUCGUGUAGGACAAACAGCAUUCCUCGAAUCUACACGGCAGCGCUCACGAUUUGACCAAUACAUGCGAGUUGGCCAAUCUCUCGACAACCUCGAUAUCGAUCUUGCCGAUGAGACACAGGACUUGGGGCUGGCGGCGAUCAUGAAAGCAACAACAUGCUUACGGACUUUGCAUCUUGCAGAUUCACAUGUCCAGGGAUCAUACGACGUUUUCGACAGCAUGUCCUAUCAGCCUCGUUUGGUUCGAUUGAACACUCUUCUAACUGCCAGUCCCGUUACACUUCGCAAGGUGCAGUUAUUCUCUGCCGCCUUCCACCCAUCGGCAUUGCUUGCCGCCCUGUGGUCAUGGAGAACCACGUUGCAACAUCUACGCCUGUAUCUUGUUUACCUUACGUCACGCGAGAACGACUGGCUUCAGGUUUUCCAGUGUCUAGAAUCUUCUAUGGAGGUUCUUGAGCGUUUCGAAGUCCUUGGUCUUAUGGAACAAAGCCGCGGUAUCCGAUUGAUUGAGGAAGAGAGAGUGUCAGGCCGCUUGCACUUGAUAGACCUUGAUGGCCAUCUGAGCAGCUGCAUGAUGUUGCGUGGCCGUGAAAACGUUCAGCGAGCGCUUCAACAGAAUAUUCACAGGGGCAUGUGGGAGACUGUAUGGGAAUAA